GUGUGACAUACGCAUCAUGUAGCCACUUUAAAUUCCUAUACGUGUUUUUGAUAUCGGUUUAUAUUCUUCUCGGUUGUGGAGGAAAAAAAAAGAUAGAUAAGAAACUUAUUGUCUGGAGAAAAAUUAUUUUCUGUAUUGUACAAGUUCGUGUUCUGAAUUAUUGUUUAAAAGUAUUUUUCGUCUAAUGGAAUGUGUUGAGGGGAAAAAGUGUUAAAAUUGUUGGUUUUUUUCUAGUGAUAAAACACGAAACAUGCAGUGAUUGUGUAAAAACAAGAGGAGUGAGUGCUCGUGAAAACGUAACACGCCCUUGACGAUAGAAAAUGCUAUGCACUGCCUCAAGCAUAAACGCCUUUCAAUCUCGGUUGUCGCGAGAUAAUGAACGAUCGUGAGGACACAUACGCGCGAACAGUGAGGCCUGACGAGAGAAUUCGGCCACUGAUGUUUCGAAGGACCUUGGAUCCGGAUCUUCAACCUUCAAAUACCUCGCCGCAUUUUGUCGAUCCAAGGAUACAGAGGAAAUUGCCUUCCAGGAAUAAUACAACAUUGGAGAAGUUAAAGCAGUGGGAAUUGGUCAAAGGUGAUAAGGGAUUACGUGUUGUGGAGAAAAAGUCGGAGAAAAAUAUUUUGUCGAGAUCGACAAGCGCCAGUGAGCCAAGAACAACAACAGCAACAACAAUAGCAAAUAAUUACAAUCAAUCGCCAUUGCCAAAUCGUUCGAUAAAUAAUCAAUCACAUUGGACUGAUGCAAUGACUAGGCGUGAUCACCACCACCACCACCAUCAUCAUCAUCAGCAGCAGCAGCAACAACAGCAGCAGCAGCAGAUUGGAGAGAGAAAAAUGUAUUUUCCAAUGAAAAAUUCGGGACCAGUUUCACUUCCAAUUACGACAAGUAGUCACGGUGUGACGGGUCCAGUGAGACUCGAUAUGGUUUUGAAACAAUCGGAAAAUCGUAAUAAUGACAGUAAUGACACACUUCAACAAUUGGAACAACAGGUUCGAUCAAUUGAAGUGAAUACUAUUAGUGCGAAAAAAAAUCAGUGCCUGGAGCAAUCGUUACAAAAUCCAUAUCAACGUUACGCUGAACAUGAAGACUUGUUGAUUAACGUCGACGAUGAGCCUGAGGGGGUUUCCACAUUGCGACGUGGCGAGGCAACGAGAAAUUCAACUGGCGGUAAUGUUAGACACCAGGGGAAAAGACAAGUUGCAAAACUGUCGAGAACAGCAUCGGACGCGAGACGUGGACCGGAAACGGAAAUUCCGACGAGAAUGCAGCCAAGGAAGCAACACACUCUUUUACCCGUGAGACCAUUCAUCACCAGAAAACAUCAUCGCGAUGAGCAACAACCACAACAACAACAAUCUUCCUCAUCGAUGAGACCAUUGACGGAUCUCAUGACAAAAACACAAGGCGAUAAGGAGACAAGUGAUGGCGUGGGGGCAAGCAGUGGAGGCAUUCGAGUCUCGUCGAGAGGGCGGACCGUCGAGGAGCCGCAGAUCGGCAAGUACAAAUUAUUGAAGACCAUCGGCAAAGGCAACUUUGCCAAGGUGAAGCUUGCCAAACAUGUACCUACGGGGAAGGAAGUAGCUAUCAAGAUAAUUGACAAGACUCAACUCAAUCCUGGCAGUCUUCAGAAGUUAUUCCGUGAAGUAAGGAUAAUGAAAAUGCUUGACCAUCCAAACAUAGUGAAACUGUUCCAAGUGAUUGAGACUGAGAAAACGUUGUACCUGGUGAUGGAGUACGCGAGCGGUGGCGAAGUGUUCGAUUAUUUAGUUCUACACGGUAGAAUGAAGGAGAAGGAAGCGAGGGCGAAAUUUAGGCAAAUAGUAUCAGCCGUGCAGUACUGUCAUCAAAAGAAAAUAAUUCAUAGAGAUUUAAAAGCAGAAAACUUAUUGUUGGAUAGUGAAAUGAACAUAAAGAUAGCUGACUUUGGAUUUAGUAACGAAUUCACUCCAGGAAAUAAAUUAGAUACAUUUUGUGGUUCCCCUCCUUAUGCGGCGCCAGAAUUGUUUCAAGGCAAGAAAUAUGAUGGUCCAGAAGUAGACGUUUGGUCAUUAGGAGUAAUUCUCUAUACACUGGUAUCAGGCUCCCUGCCGUUUGAUGGCUCAACAUUGAGAGAAUUAAGGGAAAGAGUACUGAGAGGAAAGUACCGUAUCCCAUUUUAUAUGUCCACUGACUGUGAAAAUUUACUGAAAAAGUUUCUGGUGCUCAACCCGACGAAACGGGCCUCGUUAGAGGUACGUGGUGACAAGAAUAUUAUGAAAGACAAAUGGAUGAAUACGGGAUAUGAGGACGAUGAAUUAAAACCGUAUUUAGAGCCAGAACCCGAUUAUAAAGACCACAAGAGGAUAGGUGAGUCUGCCAAGGCGUUAGCAAUUAUGGGAUAUUCAAGGAGUGAAAUUGAGGAUUCAUUAGGACAAGCAAAAUACGACGAUGUCUUUGCCACUUAUCUUUUACUCGGCAGAAAAAUGACUGACCCUGAGAGCGAUGGUUCGCGGUCUGGUAGUUCGCUAUCUCUACGUAACAUUCCACCACAAGUUAGUUCAGGUGGAGGUGGCGGAAGCGGCGGAGGAACAGGAGGCGCAGUUCAGAGUCCGUCACACCGAGGAGUUCAUCGUAGUAGUUCUGCAACUAAUCCCAAACCUAGUAGAAGAGCUUCUUCCGGUGGAGAAUCUCUUCGCAUAGCACCAAGCCCAGGUAACACAACGAAUCACAAUCAUGCCACAACCGUAACCAGUGGAACGGUAGUAGGAAGUGGCGGUAGCAAUUUUAAAAGGCAAAAUACAGUAGACGCAGCAACGAUCAAAGAAAACAGCGCUCGUGUCGCUGCAUCGAGACCCUCUGCUCCUAAAAACAAUCCUGGACAACUCGAUACCAUGUCAAUGUUUAUUCAAGGCGUCGGAACGAGUCCCAGUGGCAAGACGAGAGUUUUGAAGAGCAACACGAUGAAUGCGGGCGUUGGUGUUCGAACGUCGACUACACCUGCCGCUGGAUCAAUUGGUCGACGCAGCACCAUUUCUUACGACCAAGCCAAAACUUCGUCAACCGAAAGAACCAACGAUGUACCCAGCUUGGGUGAAGGCACUAGGCCGACAAGGGGUCACACGAAAUCUGCAAGCAUCAGUGCAAGUCACCGUUCCUCGAGUGGGGUUCCCCCGGGUGAUCAUUCACUACUGGAUUCUCAACCACGGAACGCUCACAACUCCCUUCUGGGGAAUGCUGACCCCCUUAGGCAGAGCUUGGGAGUAUCUCCAAGUAACAGAUUGGCAACACCAACACCACCAGCAUUUCCAAGGAAUGUUCCGAGUCGUAGUACUUUCCAUUCUGGACAAAAUAGGGCCCAACGAAAUCAUCCUCAGGGCCACACUCAUACGCAAGACACAAAUGCGAUAAGCCCACUAGCAAGGCCGUCCUUUUUCUCCAAACUUUCUUCGAGGUUUUCUAAACGCCCCAUGGACCCAUCCGUUUCCCCAAAGCACCCAGUAGUGAGUGGAGCAACAACUAACGAUGAUCAGGUGAAACCUCGUAGUUUACGAUUUACUUGGAGCAUGAAAACUACCAGUAGUCGAGAUCCUACUGAAAUCAUGUCUGAAAUUCGAAAGGUUCUGGAUGCUAAUGAAUGUCAAUACGAACAAGCUGAACGAUUCCUCUUGCUUUGUGCCCACGGUGAUCCAGCAACGGAUAGUCAGGUACAAUGGGAAAUAGAAGUUUGUAAACUGCCACGGCUCUCUCUGAAUGGUGUACGAUUCAAACGUAUUUCAGGUACUUCUAUUGGGUUUAAAAACAUCGCAAGUAAAAUUGCAAACGAACUCAAGCUGUGACUGCCGGCCACAGGCGCUUUAGCCGCUCGCGCCAAUCCAUAACCCCCUCGCGUUUUGUGCCACCAAGUGGCAACGUCUGAAGAAUUCUAUUCUUGUUUCUUCUGGGACUCUGACUCGGAAUCGGAAUCGGACACGCAAGAGAUAUUCGUUUAAACGACGAUCUGUUCCCAGUUUUGAUGGAUUAUAUAAAUAUAUAUUACAAAAGGAAAAAAACCUCCUUCUUGAAGGCACAGGAUUUUUCAAAAAAGAGAUGGAAACGCAAAGAAGAAGAAAAAGAAGAAAAAAUUCUGUGAUCCAUAAAUGGCUAAUAAAAAUGGAAAAAAAGUAAAAGAAAAUACUCUUUGAGUGCCAAAUGGAACAGUUCAGUCUCGCAGACUGGUCAAAGUAUGAAGCUGGAAUUAUACCGAUUUAUUUUUUAUUUCACCUUUUUUUAGAAUAUUUUUUCUUUCACAUCACGAAAAAUGAGUCUUUACUGUCAGAAGUCCUAAAAAAAUUCUUUUUUUUGUAUUAGCAGUAUUAUUUGUUAUUCAGAGAGUGAAUCUUGAUCAGGCCCACAAAAUGAUCAUCAAGAAAGAAAAAGUUAAAACUUUCUUUUAGAAAAUUUCCUUUUCAUACCAUUGGAAAAAAAGGUGAAAAGAAAACCCACUCUGAUGUGCAUAAAUUGUAGUGUGAAGGAGGAUUAAAAAAAGAAGUUGAAAAGGCAGUGCUAUAAAGAAAAUCUUCGCUAUUUAAAUCGGAGGGAAUUGUUGAAAAAAAUACACAUAUAUAUAUAAUAGAAAAAAACUGUUUAUUUAAUUUUAGGAAUUUUUUUUAGUCUUUUUAAUAAUAACUCGUAAAGAGACAUCAACUUUUUAAAGUUUUUAAAUGUCUUUGAAAAUGGUGAACUUUUUUUUUAAUCAACAUUCUGCGAGAGUAAUAAUUUUGUCUUAGCGGAAAAGAAAAUUUCGAUUCACGAAGCGCCGCAAAUUUUUCUCAAAAAAAAAAAAAAAAAAAAAAAAAAAUAGAAUACUUUGUUUUAAUGAACACAAUUCUGCAAAGUAAAUAGCAUUAUAGACAUUAGAAGUUUAAUUAAUUAUAUAAAAAAAGCUUGUAUUAUUGGUACUUGAGAAUAAACAAAGGGCGACGUAUCGUUAUAUCGAAGUUAUUAGGUGAAAUUUAAAAAGUUCACGCAAAAGAUAAAUUCAAAGUGACUGUCCCCCUUCCCCACCCAUGAAACAUCCAUUAACGUAAUGUGAAUAAUUAAGUACUUUCGACAGUUUCGUAUAUAUAGAUAUAUAAAUAUAUUUAAGAUCUGCUAUUUCCAUUGAAGACAUAAUAUUAUUAAAUUAGGUAUAUUAUUAAAUAAAAAAAUUGGCCGCAUUAUAUUUCUUAUUCACUUUUUAUUAGCGUACGAUGUGCGUGUGUGCGAGGAGAAGAUUUUGUAAAGACGACAAUGUAAAUACAAAUAUUAAUUACAAAGAGAAAAAAAGGUACUAAGGCUACUAAAAAAAACGAUUUUUUGGUGAAACGCUAACACGUGCAUCGGAGGAAAAAAACAUUCAAUUUUUUAUAUUCGCCUAAAAGAUUUUGAAUCGCUAGGCAAUGACUAAUAAUUUAUUUACAAUUUACGAACGAGUUGAGUUAUUUUUAUACUUCCAGUGCGACGAAUUCCGGGCGAUUCGAAUUACUUAAAAAAAAAAGAAAAAUAUGAAGAAAAACAAUUAAAUACAAAAAAAAAAUUAAAAUAAACUUUAUAAAUGCUGCGUAUCGAUAAAUGACUGAUAACAAAAAGUAUCGAGUCCAGCAAAAAAAUAAAAUAUCGUCAUUUGAUCGGAAUAUACAUGCGAUUUUUUUUCCUUUAAAAAAAAUGGCGCAAUGAGUGUACAUCAGGGGCAAUCGGGACUUACUCUCAAUUAUCUCUAAUUAAAGUAUACAUAUAUAUAUGUAAAUAUUUUAUAUAUGUAUACCUGAGUACACGCAUAAUAAUUCGCCCUCUACCUGUUAAUAAAUUCCUUAACUAUUUAUUUCUAAAAUUCUAAAACCAGACCACUUUGAAAAGAGACUAUUUUUUUCUUUUUUUGCAAGUACAGGCAGAGAGCGCAUUAUUCUGUGAGUAUAAAAAAAAAUGGUGUGAAACUAUGUUUAUAUAAUUUUUCGCCAGUUCGAUUUAUACUCUGAUCUAAGGUGACAAUGUAAAAUAAAGAUUCAAUAUUAGUAUCGUAUUUAAAAACAGAAAAAAAAGAAAAAACAAAAAAAAUGUUCUGUGAGUCUGCAUCCGCGACUAGAAUUGUUAUAAUUAAAGAAUUAAAAACAAAGUAAAUUCAGAGUCCUCUUAUAUUUAAUUUACUACUGUUAGGAAAUUAAAAAAGAAAAAUGUAUCACUCCGAUGCAGUCGCUGUAACAAAUUGAAAUUAGAAACACCUAAUAAUAGUUCAUUACUAUUAUUAACUAGCAGUUAACAAUAAGAUCUCUAGUAAUGUUAAUGGUAAAAAAAACAAUCCCUAACACGUAGGUAAAUAUGUAUACUAUAAAUACACCCACCCUCAGCUCGCUUGCUUUAACAAACAAAAACUGAAUGUAUAAAAUCAAUUAAUAUUUAACAAGAAAAAAAAAGAAAAUAAGAAAACCAAUUGAGAUGAUGAAGGUCAAUAUUUUCAACAAAACAUAAAAUCGACUGUCGACGAUCGAUUCAAAUAUAAUUAAAUAUGGACAACACUCGUUGACUCGAAUUGAUGUUUAAUUUUUUUCAUUUCGAAAAAAGAAUGUUGUCAAAAAAAAUUGUCGCAAAAAGAAAAUAAUAAAAUACAAAAAAAAUAAGACUCGCGCGUGUAAUUCACACAUAUACACCUCAUUCUGUAGAUAGGUACAUAAAGCUUUGCUAAGUGUUUUAUGGUGAUCGGUAUAAAAAAAAUGUAGCGAAAAUCAUUUUUAAUAAAAAUGGUAACACGA